AAACUCCAUACAAAAAGCACCGGUUAUCGUUAUAGUUACUACGGUCAAAGUAAGAUGGUGCAACUCAGCCUUAUUGAUUUGCUCUAAAGUUGAUGCGAAUAAAGAAGUAUGUAACGUUCAUAUUUAAAAAAAUAUGAGCUCAGGAAUAAAACUACAAACAGCUUACCUCAAUUUUUUUUAAUCUAACAAGCAAAGGCAUUCAAAAUUAAAAUCCUAUGUAAUUUCCAGAGAGUCAGUUAGAGAUCUAGAGAAGCAUCCUAUAUCGUCAGUAGUUGACCAUGGAACCGAUGAGCCAGCGCACAGAGAUGAAGACCGCACGGUGGCCGAUGAGCUGGCCAAAAGAGUCAGGGUUCUGUGCUGGGUGAUGACACAACCGAAUAACCAUCAGAAGAAAGCACAGCAUGUCAAAGCCACGUGGGGGAAGCGAUGCAAUAAGCUGGUGUUUAUGAGUACGGUUGAAGACAGUUCGCUGCCAACAGUGAAGCUGCCGGUUAACGAAGGGCGGGACUUCUUGUGGGCGAAGACGAAGGCAGCCUUCCGAUACGUCUACGAGCAUCAUAAGAGGGACGCCGACUGGUUCCUCAAGGCUGACGAUGACACGUAUGUUAUAAUGGAGAACUUGAGAUACAUGCUGGCCGACUAUGACACCAACGAGCCAAUAUACUUCGGGUGCCGAUUCAAGCCGUAUACCCCACAGGGUUACAUGAGCGGCGGCGCUGGUUACGUGCUUAGCCGGGAGGCGCUAAACCGGUUCGUGAACAAGGCGCUGCCUUCGCCACACCUCUGCAAGGCGAGCGACGGAGGCGCAGAAGACGUUGAAAUUGGCAAAUGCCUAGACAAGGUGGGCGUGAAAGCGAUGGAUUCCCGGGACUCGCUGCACCGCGGCCGGUUUUUCCCGUUCGUCCCGCAGGACCAUCUGUUCCCGAACAAAGACAAACGCUUCUGGUACUGGCAGUAUAUCUUCUACCCUUCUGAUGAGGGCCUAGACUGCUGUUCGGACCACGCAAUAUCCUUCCACUACGUAGGUCCACAACAGAUGUAUGUAUUAGACUACCUCGUAUACCACUUAAGGCCGUACGGCAUUCGCUUCGGCGGCGGCGACCUACCCCGUAUACUAAGAAACGACACCAAAGAUACAGAGGUUCACUAGAACGAUAAGUGUAGGUAACAAAUAUGUAAAUAAGUAGGCAUUGAAAAACCUUAAGAGACGUAGGUGCGCGGCUAAACCGGCGUAAACCGGUUUUUUUCGGUUAAAGAACGAAAUGAAUAUUGAAUAUUUGUUUCGCUCGAAAAGAAAUUUAUGCAAAAACCGUUAAAGAACAUAAUGAUAACGGUAUUUUUCAAAACGGUUUCGAGCCUUGGCAACAUAUCAGCAUUACGGCAACAGUCAAAUAAUUUAAAAAGCUAACCAUAUUGUGGCCCUAUAUUGUAAAAAAAAUAAACAUUGUCGCAACAUGGUCGACUAUGGUUGCAGGUCGUACAUAAACCGUACACACGUUGAUCCUUUAGUAAAGGUUGCCGAACAGGCCAUUGAAAUAAACUAGAUAAGGUAGCUUUUUGUAUGACGUCAAUACAAUGCCCCAUCAUCGUAGCUCUCGUUUCGGUUUUUAUAAUCCAGACGAGAAAUCUAAAACUUAUGAAACCUUGGCAAACUAUUAUUUAUUUUUACUGUUGUCCAAGUACCAAUUCUUGGCUUUACGAAACAUUAAUACGGCCUAACUGAUGUUCUCAACAGUCAUUUAAAGUCGUUAAAUAAAUCAAUGUUACUUAUUUCGUACUGAGCAUUUAAAAUGUGCUUUUAGAGGCUUAAAGUAAGAAUUUGAAGACGACGGCAGACAGCAAAAGCACGCUAACUUGUAGUAUCUGUAUGCAAGCAAUUAUGAUUCAAAUGACAUGGGUAUAAGGUGCAUUCUUCGUCGGCUCGAAGUGGCAGAAUAACGUGCAAGUUUUUGAGUAUAAGAGCGCUAUCACAUUAGGGCCUUAGUAGCGCGACUGCAGCGAGACAGCGGCGUUUUUAUAAUGUGAAGGCAUGUAUCCGCUGUCACAUAGUAUGAAAUUUUCGGCAGCGCGUCUGUCGCGCGUUUGUCGCGCUGCUAAAUCGUCUAAAUGUGAAAGAGCUUUAAGGCUAUGGGCGCACGGGUGACUUUGUUACAGUGACAGUGUAUCUUUCUCUUUUACACUUUUAUAAAGAGAAAAAGAGAGACAACGUAGUACUUUAUCUAUGGAGGGACAUACUGUCACGAUGACAAUACGAUGCAUAUUGCAUUGGCUAAUUACCUUACCUUACCUUACCAUGCUUUUGUCGAAUGCCAUCGUCUUCAAACUUCUGACUUCUAUUUUUUGUAUAUUACAAGGCGUUUUUAUAUUGUAUAAUAUUAUAACGUAACAUAAGUAAUAGAAGUGAUUUGUCAGAUUGGAAAUCAAUAUGUAUAUUUUGGGAGAUAUUAGCCUACUUUAGUCGGGCAAUAGCAAACGUGUCUGUAAAUAAUAAGUAUAAAAAGAUCUUACUGCUAUGAUCAUCAAUUUAGUUCAUGAUAAUUUUGGUGUUUUUAGUCGAGAAAAGGCCUCGGUGAAAUUUCUUUGGUUCUAACAAUAUUUUUUUGCAAAUUAUUGUGAUUUUAACUGUAGUUCCUUUGUUUAGUCGUUGAUGCGUAUAUUGUAGGUUCUCUUGCCAUAAUGUAGUUUAGUGUCAUAGCAUAAUAGGGAUAAUAAAUAGUGUUAAACAUAGAUAGAUAUACCAUUAAUAAUGUCAGGGUCAUUUUGAGCAUUUAUUUUGAAUUAUCAAUUGCUUUUAAUUAAUUUCUAUCACUUUAUAGCCAACAUAUUUUUUAGUAUGCAGUGAUCUAACUUUGUGUCACAGAAUGUUAAAUAUUAGGAAUGAAUAAAAAACACGAGAUUCAGCAAUAUGUGAAGAAGUGUGUAAAAAGUUGGAAGAUUCGAUUUUUAUAUGCUUUUAGUCAUUUCAUUAGAUAUAAUGUCACGUAACUAGUCGUUAAGAUAAUAAUUAUUAAUUAUUUCAUCGCAUUACCAAAGAAUCAUAUUUUUAAGGUGUAAAUUAAAUGUAUAAAUAUAUUUAUCAGAAUAUUAUAUUUAUAAAAGAAGAUUCUAAAUAUUAAAACCUUAACAAAAUCAUCAAGAAGCCCAGUGAAAAAAUAUAAUUUCUUACCAUAGAAGAUUUAGUCAAAGAAAAUAAGGUUUUCGUGAUGCAACAAUAAUUAGAUAUAAGUAAGCAAUAUUCCAACUGGAGUCUAUUAGUUUUUAUCUAAAAUUAAGCAUAUUUUGAAAAUUUACUUUGUAGAUCGAUGGGCUUAUUUCACUAUUCCCCGUUGACAAACCCCGUCAACGAAAUGAAAUGAACUUUAUUGUGAAUGUGAAUUUAGGUAAACAAUAGCAGAUACAUGGCUUAAUAAUAGAAACGCUCCAAAUUCUACCUUUUCAGUGAACAAAAAGUUCAUUAAUCCCCGUUAUAAUAGGAUUUUAUUUUGAUUUUAUAAGUUCCAAUUGGCGUUAACGGGGAAUAGUGAACAAAAAGUUCACUAAUCCCCGUUGACGGGGAUUGUCAAUAGGAAAUAGUGGAAUAAGCCGAUCGAGUUUUUUUUAUGGAUCUUUUAGUAACUUAUGAAUCUCGAGUAUGCUAAGAAAGCAUUUAUUUAUUUAUUAGAAAAAAUAUUU